AUGGCUGAAAAUGUGAUGGCCGCCUACUGGGACCUCCCAGCCAUCUCUCGGAAUCUUAUUACUGCUCUAGUGUUGACGUCCGUCACCUGCAAGCUUAACAUUGUGUCGGUCUACUCGGUGCUUUAUCAUCCGACCUAUCUGUGGAUGUUCCCUCCUCAGAUUUGGCGCCUUGUAACAUGCUUCUUCGUCGAGCUGAACCCCAUCAAUUUGCUCAUGAAUUCGUUCUUUCUGUAUCGCUACUGCACUCAGCUGGAGAUGGGAAACGCUCGUUUCCCGCGCAAGGUCGAUCUUGUCUUUUACAUUCUCUUCGUCUGCUCAGUAAUCCUGAUGAUCGACUACGUUACAGGCUUGAACAGCAUGCUGUACUUGAACGGCAUCAUCCUUGCUAUGGCGUACACCGUGACUCAGGAUCAGCGAGGCCAGAAGACGCAAUUCCUGGUUCUUACCAUCCCAGCCCAGACUCUGCCGCUCUGCAUGAUUGUCGUUACUGCGCUCAUGGCAGGACCCAGUGCAGCCCUGGUCGAGAUUGAGGGUUUGUUCGCCGCUCAUCUCUACGACUUCCUCGCCCGGAUCUGGCCUGAAUUCGGCAAUGGCCCUCAGCUGUUGAGAGUGCCUGCCUGGCUUGAACGUCUUGUCCAAGCUCCUAGAGUUCUCAACAGAGGCUUUGGUACCGCUAUUCGACCUGGUAACUCGGCCUCUACUGGCAGCAGUAGUGGUGUGGAUAAGGGUGGUCCCUUGCCAGACUCGUGGCGGACUCGUGGCCGAGGUCAGCGACUUGGCUGA